AUGUCUGUUCCUUUCUCCAACACAAACCUGCGGAUCCCUAGAGGCUUUGGGAAUUUAUUGGAGUGUCUUGCUAAAGAGGUGUUGAGAGACCAGCCCGAGGACAUCCCAACCUUUGCUGCUCUCUACUUUACAAAGCUUCUUAGAGCCAGAGAAGAAAGUGGCCUAGACCCAGCAGAGUGGGUUGCAAAUUUGGAAGACAGAUUCUACAAUAAUCACUCAUUUAAGAUGAGAGAACAGCCAAGAUUGAAAAACGACGCUGGCCAUUUUGAAACUUUGGGAAACAAUGAAACCCUAAGCUCCCCAUUGAAAGACCUCAACAUUAAUAAUUCAGAAGAAACUGAAGUAAAGCAAAAAUUUGAGUUAGAUAAGAAGUUCGAUGAGGAAUCCAGUGAGAGGGAACAUGGAUCUGCUGCUGAUAUUCCCUAUGUGGGGACGGCAGAUGUUGAUAUAUGUGCUCAGGAGCUAAAAGACCCCAGCGGGAUUCCAGUACAAACAUCAGAGGUACUGAAGGACGAAGAGGUUGCAAAAGAAGCUGUAGAUAUUGAUAUCUGCAGAUCAGAACUUGAGCCUACACCUUUGCCUUCCUUUGAUGGUCUCGCAAAUGUGGAUGUAUGUGCUGAAGAGAUAAACCGCCUGUCUGAAACUACUGAGAACAAGAGAGAUUUGGAAAGCCCAAAAUUAAAUGAAGAACCGUUUGAAUCACAAGAUGAAUCUUUUGUUGAAGCCCCUUCACAUAUUGAGCAGGAUGUAGGCAAACACGCAAAUGAAAUAUCUGAUGAUGAUGAUGAUGGCCAUGCUGAAGAUGCUGAACAGGGAGUUUUAGAAAUGGCUGAUAAUUUAUUACAAGACACUGAUCAAGAGGAGAAGAGCACUGAGCAGAUUUAUAUGGAGGAAUCAGCUGAAAGUACUACUGAAUACACAGUUGAAGCAGAGCAGGAUUCACAGGAACAUAUUGAAGAAAAAGAUGACUUACCGGACAAUGAAAACCAGGAAGAGACCAAUCAUGAGUACAACAGCACCAAUGACUUUGUAGAAGAUGCAGCCAAUUCCACAUCUGAUAUUAAUAGUAGAUCAUUGAUGGAAAUGAAAGACACAUACAUUGACUACAGUGAUGAAAUGUAUGACAGUAAAAGCGAAGUCAUAGAUGUUCUAGAUGAAGUGCACCAUCAGUGCUAUACUCAUACAGGUGAGCAUGAAGCUGAGCACAGCACUGAUCAACAUGAUAAUACCUCUAAAAUGAUCAAUGAAAUGAAGGAGGAAACCCCAAAGCUAGUUUCCCAAAUGAACGACAGUGAAACAGAAGACACAGAGGACAUGAUAAGCAAUGAGAUUUUAAAUACUGAUGUAAUCGAUGCUUCUGAGAAAGAUCUAAACUCAGAGAACGUAGAUGAAGGGAGUGAUCUUGACAGUGAUGGCUGUGAUGCUGAAGAGAUGGAUCUGGACAUUUUGAACAUGCCUGAUCAAAAUAUGGUAAAAACUGAAGAUGAGGAGAAUGGUUUAACCCAUGAUACUGAAUCAAAGGAAGAUAUUUUGCCUUCUGAAGCUGAAGAAGCUGAUCUCAGGCCUUUAGAGGGAGAAACAGAGGUUAUCGGUGAAGAACAGCCUACAGAGUGGCAAGAAAAGACUGAAAACACUGAGAAUGACACAGACCAAGAGGAUCAGUUGGAGGAGCAAAGGAAAAAAAGCCAGGAAUCAACACUUGAAAGUGAGAACCGGGAGGAUCCUGACAGCAAUAUACAAAAGGAGGAAUGCAACCAGCCACAAGAGGAAGAGGACAUCAUGGACAUCCCAUUGGAUGACCCAGAGGCCAAUAAGGCGGCUGCCAAGAUCCAGGCUGGCUUUCGUGGUCAUAUGACCCGGAAGAAGAUGAAACCCGGUGAAAAGCCCAAUGAGGAGGUGAGCAGCAGUGGUGAGGCCCUCAACGGCAGCCAGGGGGACUCAGGGGGAACAGACGGAGUAGAGACAGACGCCACAUCUGGACCAGAGCAAUGAAGACCCUUCUCAAGGUUGACAGCUUAUAGGACGCUUUCUCCAGGGAAUUUUUUUUUGUGUGUGUGUCCAAAAAAGUAGUAAAAUUAGGCUGGAUAUGUCAACUGAUGUGUGAACUCUUUCUCUAUUUUCUGCUUCUUAUCCAGUCCGGGUGAAUAUCUGCUCCAGCAUGCUUUUGCAUCCCACAAAAGGCAUCUGUAUUCUGUAUAUCUGAUAUUUGUAUAAAUCGAAGAACAGAUGGCAUAGAAUUUAACACAGGCUUCUUCAGUCAGACAGUGAAGUAGACUUAAAAUAAUGCAUCAUGAUUAAGUUUUCUCAUUUCUUGUUGCUUGAUAGUCCUUUCCUGUGGUAGUAUGUUUAUCAUUGCCUUGAUUUGACCCACUAUCACAGUAAGAUGUGAAAUAUGUUUAUCAUUCAUGAAAAAGAAUGUUAUCAGUUGUUUAUAAUUGUGUUGACUGAUUUUUUUGGUUUGCUUCCUGUAAUAUGUAAUAUGUUGAAAAUGAAAUCAGAGCUUCCAAUGCAGCAUAUGGCAUGGCAAGAUUGACUAUAAUUUUUUUUCUUUCUUUUUAAUUUGUAAAAUUAUGAUUCUAAGUCUUUUAAGGUAGUGCAUAUCAUUAGAAAUAUAGAAAUUGAAUUGUGAAAGCUUAAUGAUGAUAGCAAAGAUCACCUUGCAUGUUGACAUCAGCAUCAAGCUCUGUAUCAAAAGCAAAUAAAAACUCAGA